AUGAAAGGUCAGUCAUACCUCCAGCAGUUCACCGAGAAGAUUGUUGGGGAGAUUGCCAGCAGAUUUGGGGCAGAAAGUGUCAGCAUUCGUAGUGUAGGCGGGAACGGAAUGGCAGUCUCGGCUCAUACUCAUGUUGACAGCGAGAAUACCAAGAUUAUUGGUCCAGAGGACCAGGAGCACCCAUUUCGCUGGAAUAACCCGCAGUUUUGGCUAUUGAACAAGAAGCAGUGGAAAGUCCACUUCCCAGAGACAUUAGGUACCAACCUUGAGCCAACGCUCAUCUGCCUGCAGAAUUCAGGGUACCAGUUCCGCAGAAGUGGCAACCAAAAUUCAAAAAACACUCUUGACGAGACCAGAACUCUGUAUACCAGGGGUAACGAAAACCCCCUCGGAUAUACUAUCGGAUGUGUGCCACCCCUGAGAAAGCCUGAGUACCCGGCAGCACCAAUAUGCUUUCACCGGGGUCAUGGGGAUCCUACGAGCCAUGUGCUAAGAGAGUCUCGUAGAGUCGUGUGA